UCCAAAGAACCUACCUCUCGCUCUGAACCGAGUCACUAAUCUCUCACACAACCCGACAUGUGCGAACCUUAUUCAACCGUACACUCGGCUUAACAAGCAUGGACCCAUCGACAAGCAAGACUGAGGCUGGUUCCGCAGGGACACCGGCAUCGCCGAAGGGAGCGGAGAAGCUGGAAGCAGCACUCGCACUCUUGAGCAUGGCGGACGACGAGAACCGGGCCGCAGUCGCCGCUGAGCUUGAACAGGCCAUCAAGGACAAUACUGAGAUCAUUACCGGGUCCCAGGUCACGCCAAAGGCCGAGGAGCCGGGGAAAUCCAAGGACGGCGGCGAGGACGCAUCGGAGACUCCGGUUUCCACUGACUCCGACAAUACCAUCACGGCCCAGAUGGGCAACAUGAACCUGACCUACUCUCCGGUUGCUGCUGAUCCCGAGGCGAGUACUCCGGAACCGGAGAUGGCAGACAAUCAGACGUGUUACGGUAUUCCAUGGUCUGUUUGUCAGUUACAUCCUGCCGCCACGGUGUAUAUGACUCGGACUUUGGAAUUGUGGAUGGCGAGAGGAGCUCUUGAUUUCCGACACAACCCAAACUUUGCUGCGGCGCUCCCGCCCGUGGACAACGAUGAGGUGACUGCCAUGAUCAUUGACGACCUGGAACGAGGUGAGCGUGUCGGCGACCCGGGAAAGUUGCUGUGCGUCGCGUGCGAAAAAACAGUCAAAAGCGUCUGUAACGGAUGCAAGCAUGCGUUGUACUGUUCGCGGGAAUGUCAAGUUGCAGACUGGCCCAUGCACAAGAAGGUCUGUAAGGACUUCGCGGGCGAUGGGGCGGACGACAAGCGGCCGAGCCCCGAGCAUCGGCGUAUUCUAUUCUUUCCUCAGCAUAGCAGCAAGCCCGAGAUCAGAUGGGCCCUUCCCACCGAGAUGGCUGACGACCACUUUGUUCUCAUUCCCCACCUGGACCACCCCGAUGUGCACCUCUUCGUGACGGAGGUGGCGCACAUGGGUUUUCCGAUGCACAUGGCAUAUAUUCCCCUGGCGCUCAAGCCCCUUCUGGCCGAACGACUCGUUGGUCACGGCUUGGUCAUGCUCGCAUACAGUCCCGCCCCCUACCACCAAGCCGUUGCGGACCCCAGGUUUGUGAACCAGUCCAUCCUCGGACUCGGUACACCCGGUUAUUGGCGUCCCUUGUAUGGCCCCGUGGUCGUCUUUGCUGAAGCUCGACGACCCGACUCACCUGGUCAUUGGAAGAUGCUGGACUUCGGUCCGCGGGAUCUCAACACAUUUUUCCGGUUCUACGUCGGCUAUCAAUGCAUCUGUGUCGCCGAUGUUGGUCGCUUCUCCGGCGAGGUCGCCUCGGGCCUCAGAAUCAACGACCUAAAAAACGAGCUUAAUGUCGCCAUGGGGGUUAAAGUCAGAAUGGACCCUGUCAGCGUCCCCUUGUGCCCGUUUCCCCGCGCCAUAGAUUAUCCCACGGUCCUGGCAUUCCGUCUGGGCCUCCGGUGGUACAUCCGCCCUGGCUUGCUCAUCGGCCUGGAAGCCGACUACACGCUUUGGGGGGACGGCAACCUCCGUUACCUGGCCUACGCGCUCGAUAUUAAUGAGGCGGUUAUUCCCGGAGCGGACAACGGCGAAGAGCCGUCUUACCAAUACCAGGUCACGGCCAGGUACGGCCCCUUUGCCGGCAGCGUGCUCAUUCUACACGGUUCAGGCAAUCCCGUCGACACGCACCACGUGCUCGCCUUCAACGCGUACCACGACGAGAUGUACGUCAAGAAGCAGGCGCCUUCCAAGGAGGGAUUCCAGAAGUUCUGGGCCAGGUACAAGAAGGCACUGGGCGGCCCCGUGUUGGGUGUGCCGUCGCCGUACAAGUGGGAAAAGCCGGGCAUCAAGGACAAGCUGGGUCGAAUCGAUCCGGACGCCAUCAUGAAGUUGCUUUCGGUUGAGGCCGCCGUUAUCUGGCUGGCCAUCAUGCAGCAGCUGAACCACUUUAGCACGCAGACCUGGGCUAGUGAGUAAGUAAGGUGUUGGGCCGGGGGGGGGUUGGGGUUGGUAGGAGGAAGGUUACGGAUAUUCUGAGCUGGCAUCGCAGAUUCCGGGGACAACACCUACACCAGGAAAGGAUUCGCUAUAUGUCGGGGCUCGGAGGGCGAUGCACUAAGUCAGCGUUUAUAGGACAUUGAAUUGCAGACAUCCAUACCUAACGUACCUUCCAUAGCGCAAGUCCAGUCC